AUGGAUGAUGGGGAAAACAAGAAGCAGGCCUCCAGCCAGCAUCCCAAGUCCAUUGACUGUAAACUUAAUGGUGAACUUCAAAAAGCUGAGCCUGAUUUCAAAAUGAACCCCAACAUAAAGGCCAGCAUCCUUGCGGAAACAGAAAUUAGAACCAAGAAUCUCAGUGAAAAUAAGUAUAAGGACAAAAAGCAGAAGCCUCUAGCGGACAAGCCCCCCACAGAGCAGGCUACAGCAGUUAUUUCAAAUGGAGUCAAACCCAAGCCUUCUGAUUCAUUCACUAAUGAGCACAAGGACAGAGAGCCAGAUAAGGAUAGCAGUGGAUCUGAGGAAGGCUAUAUCAUCCCUAAGAAACAGAAGGCCAAGUACAAUAUGACUAGGUCUGAGGAAAACUUUAAUUUAAUGGGGUUCAAAAUGGUAACCCCAGCCCCCAGGGUCCCCAACUUACAGCAGAGUUUUGAGAACCCCAAACUUUAUUCUAAUGGCCAAAGUGACAUCAAAGUAGUUGGACCAAAGUCUGUCUGGAACUCUGAGAGGUGGGCAGUACGGGCAGGCCGUGGUAAACCUGGGCCUGGGCACAUGCAGGAGAAGGCCUUUGAUACCAAACCUGACCUGAACAAUUCAAAGGUGGACCCGGGGCCCAAAAUUGUGCCCACAGCUCCUGUUGUCCCCAAAGAGGAAGCAUGGAGUCUGUUCAACCACCCCACGAUUUUCUCAAUAAACAACAGCAAUGUUCCCAAAGUCACUUAUGCCAGCAAAGUUAAGCAAAAUCUAUACAGGGUUCAGAGCCCUCCUAUAUGCCUAGAGUCAUGCUCAGAGUCAGAAUUGUCACCAGAUCCCAUAGCAGCACUGUCUUUAUCAUCUGCUAUCACAGGGUCCCCCAGCCACUGGCUGACCCAAAGCCCUAUGUCUGCCUUAAAGCCAGCGAAUUCUCUGGAUUUUGCUAACGGGCCUGAAAAAAGCAUGAAGGCUGAUAGUAACCAGGUGUUGCCAUUGGAAGCCCGCCUGAUCAGGCGUCCUUCUUCUAGCACCAAGUCAGUGAUCCACAAAGUGAAUCCAAACUGCCCACCUGUAGAGCCAAGUCUCUUUACCUGGUCCUCAAAUGUGCCAGCUGCACUCACGGGCCUGACGCCAAACAUCAUGCCCCCCCAGACACAAACCCAAAUGCUGAAGAAGAUCUUCCAAAAUGAGUGGGGUUUAUCAUUUAUCACUGAGCCAAGCAUCAGCCCUGAGAUUGCCCAAGGGAUAGCACCAGAUCCAGAAGUCAUACAGUCGCCACCACCACACGAGUAUCCCAAUUCUCUGGCUUCCCAGGAGACCAGUGAAAGCCCCUGUUUUGCCCCCCAAGAUUUGCAGCACCUGGAGAGACCGAACCCAGAUGGCAGUGAUGUCCGACUUCAAGAGGUCACCAGCAGCACCAGUGAAAGACCCAGAGGGAUUCAGCUGUGCCAAGAACCAUCGCACUUCUCCUGCCAAGAGCAGGAAGGAAAAGUCCAUUCCCAGCGCCCCCUAGAUGCCUACAAGUUCCUCAAGGACAAGGACAAGGUCUUCUUCAAACUUGGGCUAGCCCUUGGUGCCCAGCACAGGGUUCUGUACACAGCAGGUGGAUGA